AUGUCACCAACGACUUCUGAGCUACCAGCAACCACUGAUGAGCCAACAGCCACAGUUAUAGAAGCAACCAUAGUGUCACCAACGACCUCUGGGCAGCCAACGAUCACUGAUGAACCAACAACCACAGUUUUACAAGCAACCACAGUGUCACCAACGGCCUCUGGGCAACCAACCAUCACUGAUGAACGAACAACCAUAGUUUUACAGACAACCACUGUGUCACCAACAACCCUUGAACAAUCAAUAACCACAUUGUCACCAACCACUGAACGACUAACAACCCAGCUGCCACUAACCACUGUGUCACUAGCAACAACAGUUCUGCCAGCAACUAGUGUUGACCCAACAACAUCAUCACACACUAACACUGUACAAUCAACAGCAGAUUUACAAACAACAAUCACUGAACUAACUACCCGCGGCGUAUCACUAACCACAUGGCCAACCACUGAACAAAGAACAACCGGGGUGCUGUUAACAACCACUGUAACGCCAACCACCAAUGAUACAGCCUCCGGGUCACCAACAACAACCACCAAAGAACAAAAAAACACCUUGCCACCAACAACCAGUGACAAGUCAAUAACAACAGUACCACCAUCAACCGCUGACCAACCAACAGAGGUGCCGCUAACGACCACUGUAACACCAACUACUUUUAUACCAACAAAAGUAAAACCAACCACUGUAAAACCAACGGUGUCAUCAGUAACCUCUGAGCCAACUACCACACUACAAACAGCCAUCCAUGAACAAACAUCCCUACAACCAGAAACUACACAAAACACUUUAUCAGAAUUGCAACAAAGAAAAGCACAGUUACUUCAAGAAAUUGAAAGACUCGAGAACCAGAUUGCUGUCUCCAACGCCACUCUCACAGCUCUUCAAAAGACCAAUCAAGCCCUGCAACGAGUCAUUGAAGCCGUCGAGCAAGCCACUGGCAAUUCCGGAAGGAAGCGGCGAUCGCUUACUUACUCUAUCGAUCAAGAUGGCGACACUGUCACAGUCGAUCCAUAUUGUGAGGUAAAUGAGGACAAUGCCGUCACUGGCAACCCAACAGAUCUGCUUCUUACAAUGAUCGAUGAUCUCUCCACCAACUACAGAAGUCUGAUAAUUAAAACAGAUAUUAUUUCCAGUGAUCAUUGUGAAUACGUGUCUAGGUUUCAUGCCGGCUUUAAACAAGAUAAUGAUGUACAAGCUACAGAAAUGUUUGUUCCUCAUCUAGGGUGA